AUGCAGCCAUCCGCCAUGCUGCCCGCAAAGCCCGAGCUGUUCGGCGGCCCGGACAUGGCCACUGCUCACGCUGCAAAGCCCAAAGCCCAAAAACCCCGUCACCGAGCGUCGACUGCUUGUUCCAACUGCCGCGACAGGCGUAUCAGGUGUGUCGUUCACCCUGGCGAUACCGACUGCGCCAAUUGCAAGCGUACCGGUGCCAGCUGCGUUAUCAAAAACGACGAUGAGCGGAAAAAGCCGAUUUCUAGGGCCUACGUGGCCUCUCUCACGGAUCGGAUUGCCCUGCUCGAGCAGAUGCUCCGGGACAGAGGCAUAGAGCCGCCUCCCGUGAUUCAUCCGCCGAGAGUCACGACCGGAUUGAAGGCCAAUUCGCCGGAAAGGAGCCAGGGCCGCAGACCAAGCGACCUGUCCGAGACCAAUGCUCCGAGCCUCGUAGAUGAUUCCUCAGCCAUCGAGUCCAAUGUCGACGAGUCGGAUGAUGGAUAUCAAUCUCGACAAAGCUCUGUCUCGGUUCCGCAAGGAAGCAAUCCCGUUCUUCUCGGAUCCGCUCCGGCGAAAGACGAAACCAUGGUCGGCAAGCUGUUGUCAAGCCGUGGCCACCUCGGCUUCGACCAAAUCAGUGGGAGCCUCCGCUACUUCGGCCCGACCAUGAACUGCUCGCUGCCGUCGGAUGCCAGGUGUGUCGCCGACCGAGAUGGUCAAGCCAUUGAGCAAGCCCAACGUGCAAACAAUGUCAUUCGGCACCUCUCGCCCGAGACCCACGACUAUCUGCUGGAUCUGUUUUGGCAGCACUACAACUCCAACCUGCAUUGCGUCCACCGCGAAGCCUUCCUCGAGGACUACAAGCAUGGCGGAACCCAGUUUUAUUCUCCUUUCCUGCACAUAUGUACCUUGGCCAUUGGUUAUAGGUACGCCGACCGCAACCACCCUGAGGUCCAACAACUGGUCCUUCCCCACCGGGAAAGCACCCUGCACCGGGAAGCGAAAUACAUGCUCGAUAUAGAGCUGGACCGGCCUGGCGGCAUUCCCCAGGUUGCUGGUAUGCUGCUGCUUGCGAACCUGGAGUGCGCUGUUGGUCGGGACCACACUGGUUGGCUUUACUCUGGUAUAGCGGUGCGGUUGUCCUUUGACAUCGGAUUGCACCUCGACACUCGUUCCUCAGGCCUCUCGGAGCGUGAGGUUGAGAUACGGCAUAUGGCUUUGUGGGCUUGCGUAUGCUUUGAUAAGUAUUGGUCUCUCUUCCUGGGAAGGCCAACCAGCAUUAAGAGCGCCGAUCUUGAGGUGUACACACUGGCCAAACGCUUUGAACGACUCGGUACAUGUCGGCCAGCCGGCCCAGAGAAGAAUUGGGAGACGCAGACGUACGAAGCACUGCUAGAUCUCAUGGAGAUUGCUGGUAGAGCAGCAGAGAGUAGGGAAGCGAGGCCACGUCUCGGUCACGGCUUCGAUCGUGUCGCCUAUAAACAGAUGCUCGUCCUAAACCGGGAACUCACCAACUGGUUCGCUCGCCUUCCUGAUGCUCUGAAAUGGGAACCCUACAACAUCAACAACGGCCCGCGCUCUUUCUUCGUCCUCCAUCAACAAUACCAUUCGAUUUUGAUCCUGCUACAUCGGCCUUUUGCACGAUAUGACGACCCGGUCUCAUACGAUUCCCAAGAGAUCACUCCCGACAACAUCCCAGCGCAGUCACGAAAAGCCUGCACCAGCCAUGCCAUUGCCGUCGCGAAAAACUACUGGGUUUACCGACAACGCUUCAACGUAAAGCAAAUGUUCUGCGCAGGAAUGCAGACUGCAGGUACUGCUUGCACUGCGCUUGUUGCUGAGCUUGCCGCUAUCAAAGAUAUCAAAGAAAGAUCCCCGAUCAUGAAAUAUCUCAAGUGCAUGGCUGUUGUGCUCCAGGACAUGUCCUUCAUCUUCCAGCCAGCCGAACGCAUGUUCGUCGUUCUACAAGGUGUCCUCGCAGAACUCGGCGGGUUGCCCUCGCCACAACGCCAUAGGUGGAACGAACCUACGGUCCCCGCACUGCGAAACAACCCCGAAGACGAAGAAGAAGACCAAGAAGACGGACCCAAGCGGCGUCAACUCGACCCGGACACGCGACCCAAGAUGCCACUGAAGUGGUGCCCGGAGCCGGCCGCGACGACGGCGCCUCCUCAUCCUGCUGCCGUAAACAUGCAGAACCCCAUGACGCCGAUGACCAAAGCGCAGCCCCAUCCGGACCACCUUGGCAACGGCACCGGUGAUGCUGCCGCCGGUACGGCACUCCUUACUCCGCAGCCCGAGAUGCACCCUACCUGGUCAUACCAUGCGCCCGGCGGUUUCUCUGCCGCCCCGCAACCGCUCUACUGCGCCCCGGCGAAUAUGCCGCUGUCGAACCCGUGGAUGCCGGCAGCGGCGCCUGACGGCGGGGCGAUGGAUCCACGCCGCAUGAGCUUUAGCAGCAGUUUGCCGACGCCGCUGUCGGAUAGCAGUGGCAGCGGAAGCGUUGGCGGCGGUAGCGUUGGCGGCGCAGGAGGGGGUGGUGCUGUUGGCGGCGGUGGCGGCGCGGCUAGCCAGCUGGACUUCUUGCGGCUGGGCGUCGAGGGCGUCGGGUGUGAGCCUGUGGACUACUGGGGCGGGACGCAGUGGGGGGUCGAUCAGGCGGGGAUGAUGACGGCAGAGGGGCCGGAUGGGAUGGGUGGGGGACGGUGUUAUGGGUGA